CUUUAAUGAGAUUGCUGUUACGGCUUUAAUGGAUGUUGCUAUUACGGCUUUAAUGGGUGUUGCUAUUACGGCUUACUGUAAUAGGCAUUGCUAUUAUAGCUUUACUGUAAUGGGCAUUGCU